CCAAUGCAAAUAAUGUGGCACUCACCGGAAAAAGAGGAGGGCGGUGACAAAGGCACCCGAAUCCUGCCUUGAGUUUCAAGUGAUAAGGUGCCGGGAUAGUGGCACACCCCAGUUAACCCACCACCGACGAAGGACACGUGGCCAAGACAUCAUUAGCAAGUGGCUAAUUAGGACUGGCCCUCUUCCAGUGGGUACUCGCAGCAGACUUUUCAGUGAUGGGCAAAUCUAAAUGGCAGCUAAUUUGGCGCGUAGGGGAAAGCAUUUGUUGAGCCAUGUACAUGCACAUGCAUUUACCUUAGACUUACAAGCAACCACCGUUGCAUGUGAAGUAAUUGAAAAGAUGCGUGUUCCACGCUUGUUUAAGAACAGGGGUCCCCUAUUAGUGAUCGGGUUAGAAAUCGGAGCUUGGACUUGUGUGGUCUUGUGCGAUGAUAGUUGUCAGUGGUGAAGACUGACACCUUACACCGUGCCAUUUACGUAUGUCUUGGAUUCUGGCAGUCUAUUCUGGGUCUUUUCGCCACCGCUUCCCUGGCGUUAUUUGUCAACGAUUUUAAAUGGUUGUUAGAUGGGUCUCGAAGACCCGUCCUGGCCAAUGCAAUUAUCCUAGCGCAGCGCUUCCGCGUUGACCAUCACCGUUGGCAACCAUGACGGGCAAAACUCCAUGUACCUAACCCAAAUAGCGACGCAUUGUCCGGCUAAUGAGCCAACUGCAUUCCUGCAACUCACGCAGAAGUGUGCGCAACUUUAAUUUCCAGCGCCAUAAAUCAAACCGCGACCCAACCGACUGCAGCGCGAAGGCAUUCGCUUCUAAAUGAAGUAGUUACCAGUGACCAUCGCGAUGGAUCGAACACCGGACAGGUGGCAAUCCUCGAGCAGACUAUUCAUCUCCAUCAGCAUCGUCGCGGCCGUCAUGCAGGGAAUUCAAUUCACGCCCGCCAGGAAUGCUAUUCAAAGUCCCACUCCCAGACCCGAUCCCCUAUGCAUCGCAUGAGGCGAUAAUUAGUGCGCAAUUGUCGUUAACGCCGCCUUUGUCUAUUUCUGCCACUUGUCCACUUGCCUGCUUGGCCAUUUGCGGGGAGAUGGGCAUCCUGAGUCAGCAGAUCGUCGUCGACCUGGAACGUGACGGGCAGCACAAGUGUAGGCUGCCGGUGGUGGCAGCCGAUGUGGUGCAAUAGGAGGAUCAGCUCGAGCUCAGUGCAGCACAGUGCAGGGCACAAUACUAACGCACGAGAGCUGCGCUCGAAUGGUGGCUGCAUAAAUCAUAAAAUAAAAGACACUAAAAAGGAAAAUAAAUCAAGUGAUAGUGCCUGAAAACCGGGCGGGCAUUAGAGAAAUCUCUGGCCCGGCUACCAGCUUCCAGCUACCAUCUCCUUGGUCAGCCCGAAUAUUAAUUGUGCACGGGGCGUAUCAAUUCAGAGCUGCAGCAUCCACACAGAAUCAUCGGAAUGGAGAUGAGGAUGGGGAUGAGCCUGGGCAUAAGCCUGAAUCUGAAGCUGGGGCACAGACGCAUGCGUGACGCUGGAGUGGCCUCCGAAUGCGUUGAAAUAUGACGACCAGUUUCUGCUUGAAUGUGAAACCUGAUGGAUUUCCGAGAAGAGCUUUUCAAACAUUUUUCUUAUUGACUAAAAUAUAUUAGAUGGAUGGAAAACACUUGUGAACAGCAAUAAAGUGGUUGACCAAAUAUAUAUUACCAUUGUAUGGUGUACACGCACAGUACAGCCAUGUGAAUUAUAAUAUAUGUAAAUCGCACUGGAAGGCGUUUCGAUUAUUCAUAUGAUCCCGGAUGUAUGCGGCUAGGAAGCUGGCGCACGCAAGCCCGAUUGGAAUUCACCACAAAUUCGCACCCAUCAUAGAUGAGAUGACGCAUGGAAAUGCUCUGGAAAGCCAAUUUCGGGCUGCAGAUGGCUUUCGAGUUUCGCCAAUUAACAAUGGCAGAACGUUAAUCGAAACGAAGUACAGUUUCCCCGGCUGCGCUAGAAGCUUCCGACACGGAUGGCCAGCACAUGCUAAUAACGCCACAUGGCUCGUUUUCUCGGCCCAAACGCAGUUUCUAUGGCCCAUAAACUGAUUGCCAACUACCAACUUCUGUCCAUUUGUGGAUGCCUCCCGUUGAGUCGGGAAGUGGACGGGGACGGGAUGGGCACGGAGAUGGUGAAAACCGGCAGACAGGCAGCAGGCACCAGGCAUCAGGCGCGGCAAAAAGUGGCAAAUGUAAUUUAAUAAAUUAAUUACAUCAAUUAGCCGCUGCAUUUUUAUUGAAGUUGCUGUAAAUAUUGGGCUAGACAUCUCGAGCAGCCAGCAGCCGCCAUUUUGCGGGGAUUUAUGGUGCAUUUUUCAUCGCCGUUUGCUGGAGGAGAGUCUAACUUAUGGCGAGUUGUGCGACAUGGUCCGGAGAAGUAUCCUCCUGGCAUGUAACCAAAUGAAGGCGCUUUGUAUUGAUUAGCGAGCGGUGAUCCGGACUAGUGGCUUGUGGGCCGGGCCAUGCUAUUUGACAAAAUUUUCCAUCGCCAAGCCGCACGGAGAGAUAUGUGCACUAAGUCAAAUGCCCCAUCCCAUAAGCACGCCGGAGUAGAUGGCUUAAUGUACGGUGUCGCGCGCGGACGUGACUGAACGGCUACCACCUCCAUCUGCAUAAUCACCUGGCUACUGACCACUGUGCACUGGAAAAUGACCGAAUCUAAUGGCGACCGCAAUCGGGCCAGUAUUAGAACAUUGGCUGCAUAUUGAUGGAGCGCCAAGUGCACUGCUCGUAAGGUGCAUGAGGUGAUGGAUUCGAGCUUCGGGCUUCGCUUUGCUUUUGGGUCAAUGUCAAAAUUGUUUUCGGUGAGACGCACAGUCCGAAUCCCAAGCAGUUUGUAUAAAACUGGGCCCCGCCGCCCCAGCGCCACAUAUUCAUCGCAAUGGCACUCAGCUCGACGGUUGUCUGUCUUCUCGCCGGACUCAGUCUCGUCAGGGCGGAUGUGGGCGUGGCCGCGCAGCAUCUUCGCCCAGCGGACCAGCAAAAAGAGGCUUUGUAUCCAGCAGCCGGCUUUAAGCCUUCUAUACAGUUUGGCCUCCCGGCAGCCUCCCAGCAACCAAAAUCCGCUCGCCUUGUGGUAAACAGUGAAGCGCAGGAGGAUCUUGACGACGCCGCCGAGGAGGUGGAGGUAACCCAACCCAAGGCAGAUCCUGUGCCACGUCGAAUUCCUGCUCCAGGGCCAGCACUGCCGGUGAAUCCCACCAUCGCAUACUAUCCUGCCGGAGCCGUGGGAUUCGUCCAGCCAGCUACAUUCGCCAAAUUCAUCGGAGGCCCACAACACACGGCACCAUAUGUUGACGCGCCCCAGUACUACCAAGCCUAUUUUGGAUGAACAGAUUCAGAUACAGAGUACAUUAAAUAAGGACUUUUGGCUUAACUUUUAGUUAACUGCAUUAAAUUGUUAAGCCUGUGCUGUUUCUCAUAGUAAGCCCACUAAACGUGUUUUCAACGAAAAAUGUCAUAAUAGUAACGGAUUUUUUCCACCCUAUAACGUACAUAUGUAUAUAUUUGAACCCAAAUAAAACAGCCAACUGUAUACGAGAGCA